UGUGUGUGUGUGUGUGUGUGUGUGAGUCGGAGUUGAUGUUGGUGCUGAUUUACACAGCUGGAGAAUUUCACAUCUUCUAACACUUUUCCUCCUGAUUGCUGAUGAUCUCAGUGCACAUUCACAGCGUCUCAUCUCCAGUCUGCAGAUUUACUACAACAUUAUUAUCAAAUGAAUUCUGCUUCAGUCAGAAAAGAGAAAGUGAAAAUUUGAAGCUAGAAUAAAUCUUGUGUUGAUUAUGGCCUAUCAGAGGAACAUCCACACUUCAGAUGAUGACCCUGAGCCUAUGGAUGUGGAUCCACCAAUCACAUCUGCAGCAAAUCCAGCAGUGCCACAUGACACCAGUGUCAUUACUACACAACCUGCCAGGGUUCCUGAUCAACAUCCUGAUCAACAGUCCAACCAACAUCUUAACCAAAAUCACAAUCAAUGUCAUGAUCACCAUCUUUAUCAAACUUCUCCUGGACAAAACGACACUCAGGAGGAUGGAGGUGCAGCAGGUCCAGGAGGAUCAGAUGAUGGGUUUCUGACUGAUGCCCUGGAUUUGUACACGUCAGGGGAUCAGACAGUUUCUGCUUCAGACACUUCUAAGGUGAACUCGCUAAAAGUUACGGGUUCUAUAGAUGAGGAACAGCAGAAAAAAAUUACAAAUGAAGCAGAUGUUGCAGACCAACAGAAGAAAGGCCAGAUGAGAUCGGCUUCUGCUUCUGCUGCUGCUUCUGCUGCUUCUUCACAGGGUCCUCCAACAAAUACUGAUAAGGUUAAACCCUCAGCACCUUUGGAUGUUGCAUGGAUUUUGGUGAAAGUGGACUGGGCAGAAGAUCUACCUCUAAAAUGGAAACAUCAUCUGCGAAAAGCUCUUCAGACCUGGUGUAACUGUGAAACAAAUGAGAAAUGCAAUAUUGAAGAGUUUAAAGUUAUAGGUGAUGGACGCACUGCAGAGGUGGGGAUAACGCCAUCAACUGAUUUUUUAACAGCUUUAAAGGGUAUAAAAACUGCAAGUAUAACAUUGAAACAGUUUCAGAAAUCUGCCACAGUACACUUUCAGCACAUUCAGGGCCCUACAGCGGAGCCUAUUAAUGAAGCUUCCAGCCCAAAGGUGACUGUGACCCCCACUACUGCUACUGACAAAAAUCAGCCUGAGCCCAUGAAGGAUGCAGGAGCUGCUCUGAAUGUUCCUGGACACACUGAGAUGAUUGAAGCUUCUGAUGCUCUUACUGUUCCUCCCUCUCAAUACUUCUACCUGAGUCAAGUUUAUAAUAAGGAGAUGGAAAAAAUUUGGAAUGAAUUUGGAGUUAAAAUAAGGGCAGAAACACACAUCUCAAUCUCUGCUGAGAAACCCAGUGAGAAGAGUGAGAGUGAUGUCAGAAACGCUGCUCAGGCUUUUAUUUCUCUCUACCAUGAUAAAGCUAAUAAUCUCAAAUUUGUAAACAUCCCUCAAACAUACAUGGAGUCUGAUGUUAUGAAACAUGUGCUGCAAAAUAUUCCAAAUGAGGAGCACAAGAUCAUGCUGAACAUGUCAGCAAAUAACCACCUGCUGAUUGGACCAGAUGAAAUGACAUCAGUCGUUGCAAAGCGUUUACAUUUGGAGCCUGGAGUUAAAGAAGCAACAUCAUUUAGCAACAGCAAGUCAGACAAGAUGGGGAUUGACAUGAAUCCAUCAGGAAGUUCUUCAAAGCAGAAUUUUCACACCUUGGACAUGGACAUCACAGACACUCGAGCUGCAAUUGAGAUGGAUGAAGCACACCAGAAACUGUUGGAAGGUACAUUUAAUAAAGAGAUUUCUGAGUUUGAAAAAAAAUAUGGAGUCCAGUUUCAUUAUGAACCUGGUCAAGGCUCGAUUAAGGUAUCAGCUCGGUCCAGAGGAACUCACCAGGUCAAUCUUGAAGCUCACGCCCUCAGAGCCUUAACUCAUCUCUACCAAAAGGUCGUCACCUCAGCAGUCACCUGUGAUCUUAAGGAUGGUGCCUUCACUGAGAAAAUGUCCCAAAGAUUUGAGAAAAUUUGCUCUGAACACAACUGUAUUGGAAGAACAGAAAUAAACGGAAGCUGGAAACUUUUAGGACUUCCAAAGAAUCUCGUUCCUGCGAUAGUGAACAUCGAGAAAUUAGUUGGACAUCCUGUGCUUGAUGAGAAGACAAAGAAGUUGCUCAGAUAUCUGUUGAAUUUCCGACAGGCAGGUGGAUCACAGAGGGGACAAGUGGGAAUGGAUGUGAUGAGAGGGGCUCAUGGAACUGACCUGAGAGGUGGAACAGAGCGUCAGGAUUCCAACAAAGAGUUCCGAGAGAAAGUGAAAGAAAGUGGUAAAGAAAAAGAAGAGGAUUAUUGUCCAAUUUGCUUGGAUACAUUUAUUGAAAAGUCAAAACUGAUCUGUGGUCAUGAGUUCUGUAAAGAGUGUAUGAAACAGGCAAUAAAGAACAGUGGACAAAUCUGUCCUCUGUGUAAGAAAAUCUUUGGCACCUUAAAAGGAAACCAACCUCAAGGAACAAUGACUGUCCAAAAAGGAUUCUUUUCCCUCCCUGGCUUUCCUUACUGUCACACCAUUCAAAUUGAUUACUCCAUACCAGGUGGCAUUCAGACAGAUGAGCAUCCAAACCCUGGGAAAUCUUUCUCUGGGACUCGGCGCACUGCGUAUUUACCAGACAACAGUGAAGGAAAUCAUGUGCUGAAUCUGUUACAAAGGGCUUUUGAUCAGAGACUCAUCUUUACUGUUGGAUUCUCCAGAACAACUGGAGCAGAAGAUAUGGUUAUCUGGAACGAUAUUCAUCACAAGACUAAUACAGGUGGUGGGCCGCAAAGAUAUGGUUAUCCAGACCCUGACUACUUAAAAAGGGUGAAAGAAGAGCUGAAAGCCAAAGGCAUCAUGUAGAGCUGAAUAACAAAUUAAAAUGCUGAAUUUCGAAUUUAUAUCUUAUCUUUAGUAAAAUAGUAUUUGCAAUAAAAACUAACCAAAGAAUGUUGUUGCUGACACAAAGAAAUCUACAUGAAAAAGCUCAAAUGAAAGUAAUGAAUAAUUGAGUGUAAAAUGUUUAUGCAGAUUUUAGGGUUUUUUGUGUCUGCUAUCUGCUUCACUAUAUGAAAGAAAUGUUCAUGCAGCUUUAUAAUAUGCUUCUGUUGAAUUUCGUUUUAGAUUUUAGAUGAUAUGAUGGUGAAUUUUCAAAACAAAUGAAAAUAAAAGAGUAGAUCAUUCAACACGUA